AGGAGCAACGCUUCAGGACCAGCUUUCCUUUCUUUGCAGCGAUGUAGGCAGCCGCUGGAUCCUUCGGAGGCGCUGCCUUUUCCCCGAGCCCGGUGUUCGUCUUCCGGGCGCUCGGCAUCGCCAUUGUGCUUAAGUUGGCGGGGCGGGUGGCUCGGGAUCUGCAGAGAGGCGCGGGGUCGGUGCGUGGCCCGCUUUUCCAAGACCUCCUGCGAUGGAGGCGGCUUUGCGGCGAGAACUUGGCACCUCGGAGCUUCGGCCUGCGGGAUACUCGGGGGGAGGCUGCAUCAGCCACGGCGAGAGUUUCCACACUGACCACGGGAAGGUCUACGUGAAGCGCAACGACAAGGCCGAGGCCAGAAGAAUGUUUGAUGGAGAAAUGGCAAGUUUAGCUGCUAUUCUGCAAACACAGACUGUGAAAGUUCCUAAACCUAUCAAAGUUAUUGAUUUGUCAGAAGGUGGUGCUUUAUUUGUGAUGGAGCACUUGGACAUGAGAAGUCUCAAUAGACAGGCAGAAAAACUUGGGAUUCAGCUGGGUGAUCUUCAUCUUCAUAAUCAAAAGCUUGGGGAAAAGUUGAAGAAAGAUGCAAACACUAUUGGUAAAAGUAAAAAUCAGACGGAUAUUCAGUUUGUGGAAGAGUUUGGGUUUCAUUCUGUCACUUGUUGUGGUUACCUUCCACAGGUUAAUGACUGGCAACAAGACUGGGUAAAUUUCUUUACUAGGCAACGAAUUCAGCCCCAGAUGGAUUUGAUUGAGAAGAAUUCAGGAGACAGAGAAGCAAGAGAGCUUUGGGCUCAACUCCAGGUGAAGAUACCCAGUUUGUUUGGUGAUCUGAAAAUAAUUCCUGCUCUCUUACAUGGGGAUCUGUGGGGAGGAAAUGUAGCUGAAGAUGAUUCUGGCCCUAUUAUCUUUGAUCCUGCCUCUUUCUAUGGUCACUCUGAGUAUGAGUUGGCAAUUGCUGGGAUGUUUGGUGGCUUCAGUGGUUCAUUUUAUUCUGCUUACCAUGGUAAAAUCCCCAAAGCACCAGGUUUUGAUAAACGGCUCAAGCUUUAUCAACUAUUUCACUACAUGAACCAUUGGAAUCACUUUGGUGGAGGCUACAGGGGGUCAUCUAUAAAUAUUAUGAAAAAUCUAGUGAAAUGAUUUGUGAAAUGUUUAUUAGCUCUGCUUGGAAAAAUACAUUGGUUUUCAGCUGCAGUGAUCUGUGAUACUUAAUUUAUUAAGGGUUAUAUCCAGUCUUUCAUCCAGGAGCCCCUGGUGGGACACAUAGCUCUGCUUCCAAUUUUUACCCAGGGGAGAAACAGAGAGAAAAAUAAUGAUUGCCUGGAAGUCACCCAGUGAGCUUCCCUGGGUCAAUUUCCUCAUCCCACUCAACAUUUUAAUUACUAUAUUCCACUAAUUAUAAUUUAAAUUAUUAUCCCUUUUCCAUAAUUGAAGAUCAAUCCCACUAUGUCCCAAGCUUGGUAUUCUGGUAACAACAGUUUAUGAAAGAGCUGAGGGGGAAAUAAUCCGAGAUUUACAUGAAGGCCUUUACAUGAAGGCCUUUUUGCUGUUAAGAUGACACCACUGAAUUGAUUUAAUAGGUGGCAGUAAAGAAAACUGCUCUUGAGACAAUAGUUUAGAUCAGAGGUCCCCAACCUUUUGACACCUUUGGUUCCAUGGAGAGAGGUUUUGUGUGCUGCCUGCAUCUUGCAGAUGGGGCUUUGCUUGUUUCUGCAGACUGGUUGCUAGCAUGCUGUGGCCCGGUACUGGUCCGCGGACCAGGGGUUGGGGACCCCUGGUUUAGAUACAUGUUUUGCCAGCAAGGUAGAAGGGGAAAACAAACCAACAAUAAUGAUAAAGACACAAUCAGAGAUGUUAGUGACCUUUCUUUCAUAGUACAGUAUAUAUGAAUAUAUUUGGAAUUUUCUUACUGUGCAAUGAAGCUAAGAUUACUCUCAAUAUUUAUAAUAUUACUUAUAUUUCAGUAUUAUCAUUAUAGCUGCUUUAACAUUAGAUGCAUGUUCUAAGCUAAAAUUAGAAUUGAUAGGAUGCAGCCUAGGUGACUUUUGUUGUUACUACCGUGAGUAGUGUUAGCAUGGCUCUGGUUGUCAAAAUUCCAAGCACACUACAAUUGCAUGAUGAUCUGAUUUGUUUUCCUUCUGUAAGGCUCCAGCUGGUGUAUAUUCCUAACUACCAAAAAAAGGGACCUAAUCUUGUGUUGUACAGUGUACAUUCAUGGAUUAAGUUUAUUUAUAGGCAGCUGUAUCUGUUUCUGAGUUACUUUCUCGGGCUGGUUUCUGGAAUCAUUUCUCUUUGAAGCCAUUCAACUGAGCUGGGACUACAGCUCCCAGAAACUAGCCAGCCAUUGUAGUUUUGGCUGAUAAAUUUUGGGAUUGUAUGCAAGGCUGAAGUUAAAAUAGGCUGAUUUUUGCAGCUUGUUCUGAACUAUUUUGAGUAUUGAUAAAAAUGAAGCAAUCUUUGUGCUGAUAAAAUGCUAAACACUAAAUACUAAAAAUUAAUAUGCAAGGGUAAGACCUUAGAUUACGAGGAAGGAAUCAGUACCUGAUUGAUCCUCCCCUUCCACACAUACACAUAUCUUCUUCCAUUUUAAUACUUUGGUUGGCUGUAGUAUCCUGCAACCAGUUAGGCUCAUAAUACUAUUUUUCCAGAGGGUGUUUAUGGUUCACUGCUGCUGAGCUGAAAAAUAUGGUUAUUUCCCAUUCCCCCCCCCAAUAUAAAAUAUUCCUGCUAGAAAAAAAAUCAUUAGUUGAUUAGUCUGUCAUUUACAGCAUAAAGUCUAACUAAAAAAAGUAGCAAAAUUAAUUCUAAUCCAGAUUAUGAUAGCAUAUUAAUUCUUGAAUCUUUUAAUAAAAGUGUUUAUGUUGCUUUUUCCUUAGUCAGGCAAGGGCUUACUAUCCCGGACACAUAUUUAGAGAAUUAAUUUUAGCUAUAAUUUUUACGUGUCCAGCAUCACUUUCCUCUGUGGGAAUCAUUUAACAGAGGAGAUUAGAAAGAGAAGGAAAAGUUUUACUACUACAUUACUAAUUCACCUCAGUUUUUGCAUUUGCAUGAAUCUGCUACUGUUUGUUUCUAGUUUGCAGCAGCAGGAAUGCUGAAUCAAUAUACCUAAUACUAGAAAAAGUGUACUGGAUAUACCCAACAUGAUUUAUAACAAUUGUGAAUGCUGAUGAAGAGUUUUCUAGAGAAUAGUAAAUAGAUCCAGAACUCCUUAAACAUUUGAAAACAAAAUAUGUGGGUCUGGGUGAAAGGAUACAUAUGAAAAUACAUUAUUUUUAGAAAUCAUACCAAAAGAUUGCAUUUAAUGUAUUGCAGAAUAUAUAUCUUUAUGGCAAACAAUUAGAAUAUGGGUUUUGCUCUUUCAGAUGUUGCUUUUUGGUGGCUGUCCAUUCUAAAUUGCCAGGUAGGUAGAGAGGCAUGAUUACUAGAAUGUAUGCUCAUACAGACCUUGGAAUGUUUUUGAUGGCUUUGAAUUAAUAUUAUUUGGCUUUACAUUAAGGAAAAAAUGUUAUUUUAAUUUUUAAAAAUUCCAAUAGUCUGUGUUUCUCCGCUUUCUCAUUUUGCAUAACAAUAUCACUAGGUGUUGAAUUUAAAGAAGAAGUUGCUAUUUGUCAUCCUUUGUAAUUGUUCAAAUAAAAUAUAUUCCUGAGCA